AUGUCUGGCCCCGUUGCCUCGAAUUUGGUGCUGCUGGGUGACUUGCCCGCAUGCGCGCAGGGCAACAAAGUCCGCUUUCUGGGCUGCAUCGAUGACUACGUCACUGAGACCGCAACACUGCGCCUUAAGCACAACUACCCGACAUCUAGCCCGCCCGUCAUCGCGAACCUCGAUGUCCAACACGUACUGGAGCGCAUCAAGCAUCUCGACGUAGAUAUCGGCACAUGGCUCAACGUCAUCGGCUAUGUCGAGCGCAGGAAGGAGCAGGGCGUCUUUGUACAGGCCGUCACUGUCUGGAAUGCCGGCAAUGUCGACCUCAAGGCGUAUGAGAAGGCCGUUGAGGCGCGCAAGGCCGUUGCGUAA